AUGACAAAGUUGGCGCAGUUGGUUGCGUUGGCUGGCUUGGCCAUGGCCUCCGUCACCGCAGACGGAGAGUCCAUCCUCACCAGCGAGAUUGGCCGAUUGAACAACCAGAGUCUCUUCUGGGGCCCUUAUAAGCCAAAUCUCUAUUUUGGUGUCCGCCCUCGUGCUGCCGAAGGGCUCUGGACCGGCUUGAUGUGGUCCAAGAUCAACCGAUAUGGCGACAUCCAGAAAGCAUUCCGAUACACGUGCGAACAAGGCGACGACAUUCACGGCUACGGCUGGGACGAAUACGACGCUCGACAAGGUGGCGUGCAGACAAUCCACGACGAGGGUAACAGCAUCGACAUCACUACAACGUUUGUCAAGGUGCCUGGCGGCAAUAAUGGUGGUAGCUGGGCUGCCAGAAUCAAUGGAAAGCUGCGAGAUGACGCGCCAAAGGAUACCAAGAGCGUUGUCUUUUAUUAUAUUGCACAAGAAGGAGACGGCGAGCUUGAGCCCAGCGGCGAGGGCUCAGAGUUUGGUAUCGACGGCGACGUCACCUUCAAGGGCAGGUCAAAGACGCUUGGUGACUACCAGCUUGUAGUUACCAAGGGAAAAGGUGACCGUCCCUCGUCUACACAUGACUUGUCCGCCACCCGCAAGGGUGAUACAACGCUUGUUCGCAGCAUUGACUUGAUGUCCGACGUCCAGUGGCAGGGAAACAGCGCCGUCUAUGGCUUCCUGCAGGAGGCAACUGCCUAUAUUCAAGAGAACUUCAACAUUACUGAGAACCCUCCCCCUCCUUGGCAGGUGUAUCAGGUUGGCCACGCACCCUCCAAGGCUAACUCCCAUGUCGUCCAAAAGACCUUUGAGGGCGACUUUGAGUUUGACGUGAUUUUCUCCUCUGCCGCUGCUGGCAAGCCGUUGACCUCUGAAGAUGUCACUCGCGAAGCUAAGGUGAGCUCUGGUCUGUUUGGUGAGCGUUUCGGAAAGGUGUUUAACCUACAAGCACCAUUCACUGCCGAUAAGUACUACAGGUUUGGUAAGAGCAUGUUCUCUAACCUCUUGGGCGGCGUCGGCUACUUCCACGGAAACCAGCUGAUUGAUCGCUCGUACGCGUCUGAAUAUGACGAAGAGGACGAAGGAUUCUGGACCGAGGCCGCCGCUGCCCGGGCCCGUGGUGCCCAGAGGCUCGAAGGUCCCUAUGAGCUGUACACCAGCAUCCCCUCGCGCCCCUUCUUCCCCCGUGGUUUCUUGUGGGAUGAGGGUUUCCAUCUUCUUCCUAUCUCUGACUGGGACAUAGACCUCACUCUGGACAUUGUCAAGAGCUGGUAUAACACCAUGGAUGAAGAUGGCUGGAUCCCCCGCGAACAGAUUCUCGGCAACGAAGCUCGCAGCAAGGUGCCAGAGGAGUUCCAGGUUCAGUACCCUCACUACGCCAACCCACCAACCCUUUUCCUGAUUAUCGAGGGCUUCAUGGAGAGAUUGAAAAAGGCCAACGGCAGUGCUCCUGCUCAAAAGGAAACACUGUCUCAGGGCGAGAACUUGUACACUGCCCACCUUGACAAUGUGGAACUUGGCGAGGACUUCCUGCGUAAGAUCUACCCGCUGUUGAUGCGCCAGUACCAGUGGUUCCGCAGCUCGCAAAAGGGCGAUAUCAAGACAUACGAUCGUGAAGCUUUCUCCAGCCGCGAGGCGUACAGAUGGAGAGGCCGCACUGAAACGCACUGCCUGACCAGUGGUCUUGAUGACUUCCCUCGCCCUAGCCCGCCACACCCCGGAGAGCUCCACGUCGAUCUGAUGGCCUGGGUUGGACUUAUGGCUAAGUCGCUCAUGAACAUUGCAGAGUCUCUGGAUAUGGCCGAGGAUGCGGCCAACCUGAAGAAGAAUCUGAUUGCCAUUGAAAACAACCUCAACGAUCUGCACUGGUCCGAGAAGGACGGCUGCUUCUGCGAUGCCACUAUUGACGAAUUCGAAGAGCACAAGCUAGUGUGCCACAAGGGAUACAUUUCCUUGUUCCCCUUCCUUCUUGGCCUGAUGAAGGUCGAUGACCCCAAGCUGGACAAGAUUCUGGAUCUGCUGGGCGAUGAGGAAGAGCUCUUCAGCCCCCACGGCAUCCGAAGUCUGAGCUUGAAGGAUGAGUUCUACGGCACCGCUGAGAACUACUGGCGCAGCCCUGUGUGGAUGCCCAUGAACUAUAUGGCUGUGAACCAGCUUCUCCAUGUUGCCAAGCAGACUGGUCCUCACCGCAACAAGGCCCGCGACCUGUACACUCGCCUGCGCAAGAACCUCGUUGACACUGUCUACAAGAGCUGGGAGGAAACCGGCUUUGCAUGGGAGCAGUACAACCCCGAGACUGGCGCCGGACAGCGCACACAGCACUUUACUGGAUGGACCAGUCUGGUGGUGAAGCUGAUGGCUAUGGAGGAUCUCGCUGGCUCUGGAAGCGGCCAUGACGAGCUGUAG